UCUCCCGUAGACCAUCCGAUCCAUUUCAAUUCUUCCAUGUCAUCAUCCGAAACUCUUCUUUGUUCUUGCAUCUCUAUUGACCUCGCCUUUCCAUCGCCGACUAUUGUCAUCGAACAAUACUGUUGUCGACCUCGGUCGCCCGUACUACUUGCUUAGCCUUACUGCUGCUGCAAAGCACCAUCCAUCGCAGUAACGGCCUUGGUUCCAAUUAGUUGGCCUCCCGCUGUGCCUGCAGCGCUGGCUGCCUCGCGAGCAGUCAGGCCUGCGAGUCAGGCCUGCGAGUCGGUCGCAUCCCUCCCCUGGCGGCUCGCUGACACCGCAGGCCCCGCCACACCCCAGAUUGAGUUUGUGUCUGAUGCUCCUCAAUAGUGGAGAACACAAUGGAAGCCAGACUCCAAUUUGGGGCCCAGCAAGGGAAGCCGGAUAACAUCGGCGGCGUGGUUAAUGACGGCGGGACUUUCUCGAAUCGGGGAACUCUGGACUCUGUUGGCCCCGACGCCGUUGGCCCCGACGCCGCCUUGCAGCAGUAUGGGGACUCGAUGGACCUGGAUCUUGACCUCGACUCGCUGGCUUGGGCCGCAGAGUUCACUUACUUGCCCUCCGAUGGCGACUCCUCUGCCCAUCAGAACCAGAAUGUGGCUUCUGGAGCGGGCUAUCCUCUCGACUUUCUCUUCUUCGAGGACGAGAGAACAUUGCCGACCUUUGUCAACAACCAGCAGCUAUCUGCCCCUUCAAAUAACUUGCACGCGAUUGACAUGGACGAGUCAAGCUUCUUCUAUCCAGCGACGGUCAGUGCUGGGUUUGAUGUUACGCCACAUCACACCGGCCACCCCGAGACAGGCGACGAGGACGCAACUUCCAAGUCUUUGCGAAAUCAACUCUCUCUGUUGGCCCAGGGCUCUUGUGGGGAUGAGCUCGUGUUUAGGAACUGUGAGCCUUCCAAGGCCGUACUGCUGCACGGUCUGGCUAUUGAAUUCGGCCUCGGAUACACUCACGACGUGUGCAGUCAGUGCGUGUCCAUCAGUCGACUUACAACAGAUCCUGGUUCGGUAUUCUCGCAGAAAUCUCAUGCGCCAACGAGUUCAACCUCGUUUGAAGACAUUGGCACUGACCAGCGUCUCGUUUCUACUCUUCCUGCAUCUUCGCUUGUUGUUUCGCAGCAGGCGCCGGCCAACUCCUCUGCCACCAGUGCCUCAGAUGCUAUCGGCAACCACCCGGAACAAUUUGGUGCUAGCGGCCAGCUCACACGCCAGCCAAGCCGGAGCCAGCGAAUAUCCGAUUCAAUCAGCAAGCAUGUUUUUACCUGGAAAACAUCAAUAUCCAAGGGCGGUCGCCGUGGGCCGCUCAGUGAGACUAGUCGACGCGGCAUGAAGGCGGUCGAGGAAGUCGGAGGUGCCUGCUGGAGAUGCAAGGUCCUCCGCCGCAAGUGCGACCCUGGCAGCUCAUGUCGGUGCUGCUUGCAAAGUGUUGCCGUGCCACAGUCAGGUGAAGAUACGCCGCUAUGGCCAGUGCUCGGGUGCCGGCGUGGGCCCCUUCGAGAGGCGAUGCGACUGCAGCUUCUAUGUCCCGCAUCUCGAAACGGGACAGCGACAAACGCUACCGACUCUACCGAAAGUAUUCGAUCGCGACGCUCCCUUGACAUGGUUGACAACUGUCUGUUGUCGGCCGAAAGCCAACGAUUGGCAGAUAUGAAGGCUGCUCUCGAGUGUGCAUCAUACAAACUGUCCAUUGCUGACAAGGAUAUGAGAAAUUCCUUUGUCACAUUCAUCGAGGCCGGGCAGUACCGGAACCGGGAGAGCCUCCACGAAGCGUAUCCACACUACGGUACAACAGUCACAUUCGCCGACCUGAUCCCUAGCAUAGCCUGGGAGCUGGCAGAAAACCAGGGGCUGAUGUCUCUACUCGAGAUUCGAUCCUGGAAUGGCUUCAUGGACAUGCUUCAGACAGCGUGCAUCUAUGAAGCAGAAGUCGGCCGAACUCCCUUGGUCAUGAUUUCACUAAUCUGCCUUCGACAUUGUCUAGAAGCGUUACGACUGAACUCGGCAAACCUUCUCUCGUCGGUCGAACACGGCGAUUGCAAACCAGGCCAUUGCCACGUCCAAAACAUACGUGAUCUUUCCCGCUCGGUUGCUACGUACGUCGAUGAGCUGUCGUCGGUCAUCUUCAACAAGGAGAAUAUGCGUGACAGACGAUGGUGGCUGUCGACAUUUUACAGUCUCUCCAUCCAGAGCUAUGUGCGGCAUGCUCUAAUUGCGAUAGAGAAACAGCUCUGCUUUAGUGCAACCGACGAUGUGCCGGCUGAAGACCUGACGACAACUCAAUAUUUGCAUGUUGCAGCCGUCUUGUUCACUGCUGCUUCGGCCAAGUACGACCCCUUGCUCGGUGGACGUCACCAAUACGUCUUGGCAGAGAAUUCAGUUAUCCCUGAAACCUCGGUUCCAAAGCUUCACCACUCGUCAGCUCGCGAUGUCGUCGAGGUAGAGAGGUGGCCAGAGCUAGGCAUCAAGUCAUCGUACCAGUUCCUCAGGCGUCUGCUACAAAUAGGCUCCCUCGAUUUUGAGUCACAACAAGUUGACAUAUCAAUGGCCAACGUCUCGAUGCCGGCAAACACGCUGGAGCACUCGCUCGACUACUCUUCGCCCCUUUUGGGGGCCGGAACCCAGAGUGUUACCAGUCUCGAGUCAAAAGGCAGCAAUCCUUCCCGGCGCUUCUACGGCGGACAUCGCCAUGUCAACUCUAUAGGAAGCCAAUAUUCCAUGUCAACGAUGCCUAGCGUUUCACUCGGGAGUUCAGAGAGCUUGGCCCGCACUCUCGACACUGAUAUAACAAGCAUUUUUGAGAGCAUCUAUGAGCAGCCCCUGUCCCCAACCAAGUCCUGGCUUGUGGAUGACAACUCCCAUGCUAUACGCAAGGACAUGGACGUUACAAGCCCCACGAUUCUUUCACCGACUAUCCCAAGUCCCUUAAUGGAACGGUUUGAUCAGGUAAUGUCCAACACCGCGACAGCAAGCACUCCGAUGUUGGGACCUUCAACAGUAGACCCCGUGUCGCUUUUCUGUCAUUGCUGUCCACGAAACCCGCGGAGAUUCUCCACUCUUGAAGAGUUGACACAACACGAGGCAGAGAAACCUCACCCAUGCUCCCGCUGCAAGAAGAGAUUCAAGAGCCCUACGGAAGCCGAACGGCACGUGAAUGCCGUUCAUCUCAAGAGGGACUUUUGGUCCUGCCAAGCUCUAGCCAACCCCCUUGACGCAUACCAUAGCGAGACAUUCAGUGGGGUGGUGUAUGACAUUUGCGGGUACUGUGGCGGCGAGUUCGGUCGCCAGUCUGACGAUCCGCCGGGCAUAGACGUUGCCGGGCUCGUCACGCACCUCGAGUCGGUACACAAGCACGGCGAGUGUGACCGAGACAAGAGGUUCUUCCGGGUCGACAACUACCGGUCCCACCUUCGGAUAGCGCAUAUUGCGAGUCCAGGCAGGUGGCUGAAGGUUCUAGAGAGAACUUGCAAGAUGACUCGGGACGCCGAACAGGCGUAGUUGUCGCACAUGAUGAUGGUGGAACAUUUCCCUGAUUCCACACACCCACGCUCGCUUUUCUGGUCAGAGGCAACUGUGGUCUGGAUAGAUGGAUUGGUAAUGUUGCCAAUGUAGCCGGCUUCAAUUCUGGAUAUGUCGAGGCUGUUUUAUCUUUUUUCUUCUUAUUUUUCUUAGCAAUUUUUCUUAGCAAUUUUGGCUAUUUCUAGAAUUGUCGGAUGGCGGGUUACUGGCCACGGCGGGGGCUAGUUUCCUAAUUACCGCAACGAAAUUAUUUUACCUACUGACUUAUUAAUAAUUAAUUUGAACUCACUAUCACGGCC